AGUAGAAGACACUAUAUUCCUUGUGGAUUGUUUGAAUGAAAGAAGGAAGGAAUUAAGAUUUGCAAAUUUUUACCAUCUUUCUAUUAUACACUGUGAAAUGGGGACGCAGAAGGUUGUGAGCCUGUUGGCUUCUUCUGAAGGAGAAAAGACAAGCAUGGCGAUUAAAGUUGUUUUAGUGGUGUUUGUAUUAUUUACACUACUGAAUGCAGGUGGAACUCUAUUUAUUCUGUUGCAAUGGAGAGAGAUUUCUUCUAGACUUAGUGAUCUGGAGUCAUACCAGAGGCCAUCAAAAGAGGACAUGUUGACCUCCCACCUAAGUCAGCUAAUAUCAGAGUUAAAAAAGCCAGACUCUGAAGACACUGCUCCACAGGUUUCCAGGAACAAAAGGAGUCAUCGUCACAAACCCCAAGACAACUUUAUCAGAGCUGAAAAUGAAGACAUGCUUAUGAUGAUGACAUACACCAUGGUCCCGGUUCGGGUUAUGCUAGAUUUGUGCAACACUACAAAAGGAAUUUGUCUAACAGGACCACCUGGACCUCCAGGGCUUCCGGGGAUCGAUGGAAUUGAUGGAUUACCAGGGUAUAACGGCUCAGAUGGCUUGCCUGGUAUACCAGGGCUGAAAGGAGACCAAGGAGAGAAAGGAAGGAGAGGAAAAAUGGGAGAUCCAGGAGUAAAGGGAGAACCAGGAGAGAAGGGAGAAAAGGGAGACCCUGGUGAAUUUGGUCCCCCUGGCAAAGAUGGCUUGGCAGGCAUGACGGGUGAAAAGGGAGAUAAAGGAGACAAGGGAGAUCCAUCCAAUGAUGUAAUUAUUGAAGGUAUGAAAGGAGAGAUGGGUCCCCCUGGUCCACCAGGCCCCGCUGGUCCGCCGGGACCUGAAGUACCUGUAGGAAGAAAAAAAGCAAAGUUGCAACAAAAGACCCUGCAGGACCCAAAUAAAUGCACUGGUGAGCUGUGUACAGUAGCAAAUGAUGACACCAUGGUUGGAAAAACAAAUGAGAAAAACAACGCACAGCCUUUGAAACAAGGAGACUGCACUAUAAAAGCAAUAGAUAGUCCAACUCACAUUGCCAAAGUAAAAGAUACAUUUGGAGCAUGGAUGAUGGACUCUUCAAACAGGAGUGAUGAUAGGAUUUGGAUUGCCGGGCAUUUUUCAGGUCUUAUACUGAAACAAUAUGAAAAUUUGACAGAGCUUCUGAAUGAUAAUUACAAGUCCAUUAAACUGCGCUGGUUCUAUCAUGGAUGCGGACAUAUAGUUUAUAAUAAAUCACUAUAUUACCACAAAGGAGGAUCUGAUACAAUUGUUAGGUUUGAACUUGAAACAGAAUCUUUUCAAGUGCUGAGCAUUAAGAAUGCAGCUUAUCAUAAUCGAAGCUACCUAUUUUCAAACUCAAAGUCCUACUUCCACGUAGCAGCAGAUGAAAAAGAUCUUUGGAUCAUCUACUCCUCUGAUGCGGACAAAACCAUAAUGGUAGCUCACUUGGAUGAAAAAACAUUCUCCAUCACCCAACACAUUAACACAACAUACCCCAAAACAAAAGCAGGAAAUGCAUUUAUUAUAUGUGGAAUUCUUUAUGUUACUGAUACAAAAGAUUUGCGGGUGACAUUUGCGUUUGACCUCUUAAAAGGUAAACAAGUAGAAGCUAGCUUUGACAUGAGGUCAUCAACAUCAGUUCUCUCUAUGCUUUCCUAUAAUGCUAAAGAUAAGCAUUUGUAUGCAUGGGAAGAAGGAAAUUUAUUGUUGUAUCCUGUGAACUUUAUGUCUAAAACAUAAAAUAUUGUACAUUUUAAAUUGCAAACCGAUGACCUACAAAAUCUGCUUAAAAGGGCAGUAAACAUGAAAACCUUCUUAUAUUGAGUAGAUAAAACAAAAUGUGCUCUUUUCUGACACGUCUACAACAUUCACAAGCUAAGAAAAAUGUUUGCUAAAACAUUUAACAUUAGAACAGAAAUAAAUGUGAAUACUGUUUUGCUAAACACAGAAAACAGUUGUAAAAUUUAAGGGGGAUACUCCACACACCAUGACAACAACUAUGAAUCCUACAAAAAACAUAAAAA